CUUGAAAGAAGAGACUACUGAUCCCGCCCCCUUCUUCUACUGGGACUCUGAGAGUCUUCGGGGGUGGGAGCUACUGACAGCAGCCAAUCGAGGCCCAGCAAGGAUAAGGAGGCGGGGCAGUGGCCGAUGGUUGCCAGGCUAGCAUAUUUGGCUGGGUGCUUGGGACACUAAAGCAGUGGGUCUGUUUCUCCUAGACCCCACGGCCAGAGGGCUUGGGCUGAGGGGCUGGGCCGGGAGCGAGAACGGGAGCUGCGUCGCCCGCUUGCAUAUUUCCAGGCUGCUUCUAGGGCCUCGACCCUGUUCCAUCUGGAGCCCUCCCUCUCCCCGCCUUCCCUAGCGCCCGACAUUCAACCCCGGCCGAGACAGGAGGUCCAGGCUCGGGGUGGAAUCGCAUCCCCACCACAGCCGCAGGCCCUGGGGAUCACCCUUCCCCACUUCACUGACCCAGGCCGGACAGAGCCGUGAAGUUCACCCACCAGCCCCUCUAGCAGUCGCUUCCCUCCCCUGUCGGUGUAGUGGUUGGUUACCAUGGUGAAGCUGGCAGCCAAAUGCAUCCUGGCAGGAGACCCAGCCGUGGGCAAGACCGCCCUGGCGCAGAUCUUCCGCAGCGACGGGGCCCACUUCCAGAAGAACUACACCCUGACAGCGGGGGUGGAUUUGGUCGUGAAGACAGUGCCAGUCCCUGACACAGGCGACAGUGUGGAGCUCUUCAUUUUUGACUCGGCUGGCAAGGAGCUGUUUUCUGAAAUGCUGGAUAAAUUGUGGGAGAGCCCCAACGUCCUAUGUCUCGUCUAUGACGUGACCAGUGAGCAGUCCUUCAGCAACUGUGGCAAGUGGCUGGAGAAGGCUCAGGCACAGAUUCCAGGCACCUCCCUCCCAGGUGUUUUAGUGGGAAAUAAGACAGACCUGGCCAGCAGACGAGCAGUGGAUUCAGCGCAGGCCCGGUCAUGGGCACUGGACCAAGGCCUCGAGUGCUUUGAGACAUCCGUGACUGCUCCAGCUACAGGUGGAAGCUACCGCUGUUGAAUCGCUGUAUGACAUGAGCUUCCAGAGUCCCUGGCGUGGCCUGCUUCCUGAGGAAGGCAUAGGCACUCUGACCUCGACAGCAAGGAGUCGGGCUAGCUGUGCCACCCUGGCUUGUUACUUAAACCAUGAGACCCUCGGGCUCCUCGCCUGUAAGUGGGAAUGAUAAAAUACGCCCCUCCUUGAGUACUAAGUGUGAGAAUUAAGUAGGAUGGUGGAAUGCAACACCUAGCACAAAGUCUAGCGCAGAGUAAACACUCCGCAAAUGUUAGCUUUUAAAGUAUGAAUGUUCCCCCAGUAUCUUGUUUUACUGUUAUUACUUGCUAAACCCUUGAAACCGUAGCUUAUACACAGAUGAAUGUCACCCUUGCCUCUGGUCCAAUUAUCGCAAGUGUUAAAUUAAUGAAGUUCAAAUUACAGAGCCUGUGCUGGGCCGUGCGGGGGCUCCUGACCUCCACGCAGCAGCCUUUGAGCAAAGCCACAUGCUGUGUCACCCACAGGACGCAAGACCGCGCCGUCCCCUCUUCCUCCGUUCACAUUCAUGACAUUGUCCCAUAUUUCUCAGAACUCAAAAAUUGAAACGUGUUCCAACACAUCAGCCACCAAAGGCCCCGGGCCGUGUGUUUCAGCGGCAUUCAGGUGUUAAGGCGGGCGGGUAUAAAUUACGCUUGGAGAGGCUGCAGCGAGGCACUCGGUAGUAACUGUGCAAGUUAACUAGUCCCCCCUGAGUUGAUGCUAACAGAAGCUCCACUGGCAGCUCGGGUAAGAAAGCUGUAAUUAAAAAGGAAAUAUAACCAAAUGCUGUUGGGGAGGCAGCCAAGCCUUGACGCCAAGCCAGGCUCUUCUCUUCCUAAGCACAGCAGCAAUCCUCUGGCUGACCCCGAAACAUGACCUACAGGGCUCUUUGACUUUCUAAGGCUCCUCAGUGUUUGAAAUUUUCAGGCCAAAAAGUAAAAAUAAAAGGGUUUCUAUAACCAGAAGUUAUAAUAAAUAAGUGACAGCAAAAAACCCAUUGCUCCUCCCUGGAAGACAAUAGUACUAUGGACAAGUUCAAGGAUGUUCUGUUGGAGUGGCUGCCCUUGCAGUAGCCAGGAGUAGGGAAUAACAUGUUGAAGGCCUACUGUGUGCUGGGCAUUGGGCACAUUAUCCACUUAGGCUUCACAGCAGACCCACAAGACAGCUGCUCCUACCUCUGUUGUACACUCGAGAAACAGAUCAGGAAGGUUGUGUAGCUUUCACCAGUUGCGCAGCUAAGGAGUAGACCCAGGACCAGGACCCAGGCCUGUCCAGCUGGAAUCCUCCGGCCUCCUGGAAGGGCCCCUCACUCUGACCUCUCACGGAGCACACUGUGGUACUCUUGGGGACAAUGCUAAGCCACACUGAGAAUGAGUCUGAACCUACUCCAAGGACCCUGCGUUUAAGCAGACCUACUCUAUCAGUGUCCAAACUGCGUGAGCAAGAUUAUGAUUAGUCAUUUGACAAAAGGAUUCCUGUCGCUGACAUUUGGAAAAUGGUUCGAUUUCCUUCUAUUUUGGGAGCAUGCCAUGGUGUCUGUUGAGGCUCGCUGGCGGUACUGCCUUCCCUGCUUCCUGUGCUGGGUUCUCCAAAGAUGGUGCUUCGGAGAGCUUUCAGAUUAAUUUAUAAAUCCUCAUGCACAGCUAUGCAGGCCACCUUCUCUUUGCAUUCAGGACUUAACUGUGCCAGGAAAGGAUGGACUGUUUUGCGGGUUGACACUAAUGCUGCCUGGCAGGAGGUGCUCCGCACACCCAGAGGUGACACUCUGUUGCGUCCAUCUGGAGGUGACAGCUUCCAGGGCUGUGGCAGUUGUGAGCUAAGCACAGGUGCUCAUCUUGGCUACAGACUGCCCACCCCAGCACACUCCUAGCACUGCCACCUGUUUCCUCGCUUGGGGUAUCCUUUGCUACAAAGUCCAGGUAGCUUUCUCCAUGCCCCGGUCCCCUCUGUGCACCACUGGCCGCAUGGUAGAAGGGCUUCUUCUCAAACCAAGGAUCUGGAGCCACUCCGCCCCGGGCCCCAGUCCGCUCAUCUGGAAAAUGGAGUCAUCGUGCAUGACGACUUUGGUGUCAUUCUUCACACUGAGAUCCACCCAUUCCGUUAGGGACACUUCACUGCUUCUUAUCAAGGCUGUACUUUUGCCAGCUGCCAAAGAGCUUUCUGAAACAGAUUCUUGUACGUUCACAGUUUUGGCUGCUAUCUGCUAUAGAGUGGGUUCUUUCUUCUGCCAGCUUGUUUCUUACAAAAUAAAAACACAGAUGCACACACAGAGCAAGAAAACAGUGAUGGGAAAGGCGAGGAGGAGCACUGUGCCAUGUGCCCACGUGGAGGUCUGUCAUUUCCCACCUGUUAGCCUCCCUUUAGGGCAGCGGUGGCGAACCUAUGGCACAUGUGCCACAGCAAGCUGUUUGUAUCCUUGGAGGCUCUAAAAAGGUUCACCAUCACUGCUCUAGGGCAAGUUCUUUAACUUUUCUGAUCCCUGUCACACAAGAGAAAUGUCCUUUGGAUCCUUUAGUCAUGAAAAUACUUAUUCUUGUCAAGCACAGUGGCACACACCUGUAAUCCCAGCUACUCUGGAGACUAAGCCAGGAAGACUGCAAGUUGGAGGCCAGCCGGGGCAAUUUAGCAAGACCUUGUCUCAAAAAAUAAAAGGAUAGGGAUAUUUUUCAGUGAUAGAGUGCCCCUGGGUUCAGUCCCCAGUAUUACAAAAGAAAAACCACCUUGUUCCAGCAAUUACAGUACCUUGGGCUGUCGUGAGAACUCCUGGCUUGAUGGGAAGUCACAGGGGAGGGAGAGGCAGCAGUGAACAAUGCAGGGUGUUUGUUGGGGGCUCUGUGGGUGCUGCAGACCUAUGACCAUCCUGGAGGUCCAGCAGAGCCCCUUGCAGGUCGAAAGGAGCCAGCUGUGACUGCGUCGCACUGGUCCUCCCUCAGGAGGUGGAGUUGGCGCCACUUGGCAUUGGAGGCGAUGUGGGUGUCCCACUGGCCGGGCCAUCAGAACAGCCAGCCGAGUGUCACCCAGAUUCUUCCCAGGUCUGGGUCUGGCCUGGGAUUCCUGGGCCCCUUGACUGGAGGUCAGGACGAGGCACCCUCCCUGGGGAGAUGCAGGGCCUGUGUUCUCCAGAAGCUCCUUCCAGUUCCUCUGUCCCUUCAGCCCUGCUCUUCCUUUGAGGCUCUUCUUUCUGGCACAGGGCAGGGCUCUGUCUGCUAUUUGCAUUGACCCACGGGCCUCAUUUCCAUGUCCAGCCAGCGUGGCUGAAAGGAUGGGCUCUGAAGAAACAAACCUCGGCCAAGCCCCAGCUCCAGCAUCUACACCGGAUGUGGCUGUCUGCAGGGACUGUUGGGGAGCCCCUGGGGGAGGCAAUCCUGGGAGGAGUGCCGGCUCCGUGGGUCAGAAAAGUAACGCGGCCGCCUC